AUGCCGGCAGCACGAGUGUCCGAUCUGCCGCUUGUCGUUCUGUUCAUGCCGCCUCACGAGUGUCCGAUCUGCCGCCUGUCGUUCUGUUCGCGCUGCCUGCCCGAGAAGUUGCCGGUGCCGGUGCUCGGUGGAAAGAAGCUGGCCGUCUGCAGGAAGUGCUACAAUAAUGCCACCACCAUUGAGGACGAGGCGCCGCCGCUGCUGCCGCCCGCGGCACUCGAAAGGCGUCUGGAGGAGCUGGAGAACCCGGCGCGGCCGCCUAUCACCGUCUACCGCGAGUCGUCGCGUGCUGCCUCCCUGAAGCAGGGCCUCAGUCGCCAGGACUCGGAGCUGGUGGACCGGCUCGAGGCGCUGAAGGCCGACAGGAAGGCCAAACAUGUGCCCACAGAGCGGGAGAUGGAGGAGCGGCUGUCGGCGCUGAAGGGAGAAGCUGGCGGCGCCGGACCGUCGCAGGCCUCCAACCUACCGCCCGAGGAGCACCGCUCGGCGGCCGAGCAGGAGGCGGCGCUGCUGGCGCAGACGCGCGGUGAACUGGCCAUCGCCGGCCGGUACCGGCCCGAGGAGGGCCUGCACGAGCGGCUGGCCCGGUUGCGCGGUCUCUCCACGGACGAGCCGGCCGAGCGCGACCAGCCGCCCGAGCUGCCGCCCAGCACCGACGGCCAGACGGCCGACGAGCUGAUGACGGUCGUCAGCCGCGAACUUAACACCGAGGUCGAGCGCGCCGACCGGCUGGCGCAGAAGGUCGCCGACAUUCACCAUAGACUGGAGGAGGUGAAAGGAGCGGCGCACGGGCCUGGCCGGGGCGCGUCGCCGCCGCCGCCGACGCCGCCGGACACCGCCGACCCGUCCGAAGAGGAGGAGGUGCAGAGGCUGAUACAGCAGAUACAGGAGAGGGCAAAACUGGAGGAAAAGGAGAUGGAGGAGGAGCUCGAGUCGAUCUCUUCAGUGGACGACGAGGAGCUGCCCUGGUGCUGUAUCUGUAACGCGGACGCCACCGUGCGGUGCGGGGGCUGCUCGGGCGAUCUCUACUGCCGUGCCUGCUUCCGCGAGGGACACAACGCCGAGCUUCGCGACCACGAGCACGAGCCGUUCCCGGCGCCCAAGUAGCACCCACGCGGCCUUGUCGUGUCUCCUCAUCAUAAUUGGUGUCAGAGUGCUGUGCUCAGGCACUCGGGCAGUGUCAGCAGGUCUGCAGUUCGGCCUGAAGUGUGCCGCGCCGUGCCGCAGCGGCCGGGGUUCAUCGCUGGACGAUGAGAUGCGGGGGCGGCAGGAGUCGGCCUCCGGACCACGUCGGCUCUUGGUCUAGAGGCCGACGAGUGGUCGAGUCGCGCCGCCCGGGGGUGGCAACGCCGCGGCAGCUGAAGGUGGUGUUGAAGAUGAAUAUGGAAGAAGGCGCUGAAUGUGUGGUUCGCACCGGCUACGAGGACGCCUAAUGAGCUAUCUGCGAGACACACUGCCGGCGCCGUGGUCGGCGUUCCUGGGCGGCUGCGGCUGGGCCGUGGGUGGCUGCAGCAUUGCUGUGUGUCCGGUCAGUUAGGAUGUAGUCACGACAUCCAGGGCUGGCAGGCCGGUAUGCCGGUGAAAAGCUAACGUGCUGCUGUUGAGCUGUCACCAUGGGCUUUGUCUUGCAAUUAUAUAUAUACAUACACCAAAUAUACACGUGAUA